AUGGAGCAGAAGAGUAGUAGUGGAGAUUGGGAGAAGAUGAAGAAGGAGAUCAACGAUCUGAUGACCGAAGGAAGAGACUAUGCUCACCAGCUCAAGUCUCAGCUCGGAUCGUCUUCAUCACAAGAAUCACGUGAACAUUUAGCCAAGAAGAUUCUCGAAUCUUACCACAAGUCUCUCACCAUUAUGAACUACUCCGGCGAACUCGACCCAGUACUUUCUCCGUAUACCAACAGUGGAGGAAGCCCCAAGAGCGAUGAUUCCGACCAAGAACCACGUAUCCUCAAGAGUUCGAAGAAGUCAAUGCCAAGGUGGACCCAAAAAGUCAGUAUUACCCCUGGAGUUGGGAUUGAUAGAGCGCUUGACGAUGGCUUCAGUUGGAGAAAGUACGGCCAGAAGGACAUCCUCGGAGCCAAAUUUCCGAGAGGAUACUACAGAUGCACGUACAGAAAAUCUCAAGGAUGUGAAGCAACCAAACAAGUCCAGAGAUGUGACGAAAAUCCGAUGCUCUUUGAGAUUAUUUACCGAGGUAUACAUUCUUGCUCCCAAGCCGCAAAUGUCGGUUCAACCAUUCCGGUACAGAUUCUUGAACCGAGACAGACGCAAGAACACGAGAAUCUUGAGAUCGUGAAAGAAAGUCUAGACACUGGUCAUCACAGCUACAAUCAUCAAGCACCUUUGCAUCAAACCCUUCACUAUCCUUUGUCCUCUUCCCCAAAUGUAGAGAGUAACAACGCCUAUAUGCUUCCACUAGUAGAUCACAACAAUGAAUUCUUCGGAUCUACGAGUUACAGUGAUCUAGGAGUUAAUGUCAACUACGAUUUCCUUGCUUCUCGCGAUGCUGGCUCGGCUUCUCACUCUACAUCAAACUCUCCGUCCACCGUCCUUUUGGAAUCUCCGUUUAAAAACUUUGAUCCAAAUCAUCCAUUCCGUGGUUUUGGAGAGUUCUAA